CAGGCACCCCACUGUUUCCCUCUUUGUGUGUGUGCUGGUGUGUGUUUUUGCCGACGGCAGGCAGAAAGGAGCACAGUGGAUGUGGAGGAAGCUUCUCUUACUCACUGAAAAUACUUUUUAACUUACUGUACGCUCAGUCAGUUUGUCAAAGCAGAAUCGAGUGGCCAUGGCUUACCGUCUGUUUGAAGGCAAAGAGCAUGCGUCCUCAUACUGGAAGUACAGGAUCUCUCCAUCAGAUCAUCUCAUACAACAGGUGCUUGAUUUCCUGGAAAAACAUGUAAGUACAGUUUGGAAACUGAUUAUGGACUCUCAAAUGUGGGCAAAACUAAAAGUAAAGAAAUGUUAUGUGUUAAAUAUGUCGUCAGAAAAGAGGCCCCUAUGAGCUGGCUGUGGAUGUGGGCUGUGGCUCAGGACAGGGAACAGUUCUGCUGGCCAAACACUUUGCCUCUGUGGUGGGGACUGACAUUAGUCCUGCCCAGCUGGAAGUAGCUUUGCAGCACAGCCAGGAGCCCAAUGUUACCUACAGGUGAGCCAGCCAAGCGCUUCUCUUUGAACGCUGCUAUCAAGACCACCAAAGCUAAACAAUGCAUGUUGGAGAUAUUGAAGUAAUGCAUUCUGACCUCGCAUUGUGUCUCCCAUUAAAAUAUAUUUUCAUUGUUAAAAACGAGUAGGAAUGAAUAUAUGUAAAUUUUAUGAUGCAAAACGAGUGAAAUCACAUCACUCGUUUGGCUCUCAGAGUCAUAUAAGCUACUUAGUUGAAAAAGGGCCAAAGCAGAAACAAUGUGACCUUUGUCCGGUGAAAGUCGGUCAUGAGGUUCAGCACAGUCAGUGGAGUAAAUGUGCCAACAACGGAGUAGUGAAACUCACUUUAAAAUGUUUUUGUUGGAAAAAAAGUACUGUUAAUGAAAUAAUUAGCAGAUAUAACAAAAACAGUAUAAUGCACAUUGAAUAUUAUAUCAUUAUAUGUUGUUUUGUUCAUGGAUAUUUCACUGCUGCUGCAUUCAACGAAAGAAAGUAGUGAAUCCUAUAAGCAGAGAAUAGUGCAGAGAAGGAUCUAUCUUUAAGCAUGGAGGGAUGGAAGAUGGACAGUAACAAGAGUAAAAGAGGCCGCGUGGCUCAUGAUUUCACUCUUGUUACUGUUCCAUCUGUAGAGAGUGUGUUGCAGAGGACCUGCCCUUCGCCGACAGCUCAGUGGACUUGGUGACUGCCAUGUCUGCCUUCCACUGGUUUGACCGACCACGCUUUCUCAAAGAAGCCCACAGAGUCCUGAAGCCUCGUGGCUGCAUGGCCUUUCUAAACUACACCAUCGACAUGGAGCUCAGCCACCCUGACUGCUGCUCGCAGGCUCUCAACGACCCCUGCAAAGAGGUGAGGAUGUGAACUUUGACCUGACUGAGGUUAUCAAGAAUAAGCAGUGAUACACUCAGCUGCAGGUGCAAUAAACUGUCUGGCUUCUGAAGUAAAUGGCCUUUAAAUGAAAAACAAACAACAGCACCCUCUAGUGGUAUGUCAUGACUAAACCACAUCUUUUAACUUUUUUGUGUGUUUUUUUCCGUUGUACUCAUUUAGGUUGUAUAUUUCUUAUUCAAUUUCACAGUGUGAAAAUGAAAGUGGCAAAUUAACUGAAUGAGCAGUAUAACAGCACAUAACUAAUCAUUAAAAAUUCUACCCAGAACAGCAGUCACAAACACAUUACAGAGGACCACAGCGGUGCCAUGCUGUUAAACACCAGAUAUAAACAUCUUAUUCUUUCUUUUUUUUUUUUUUUUUUUUGUUUAAUCCAGUUUUAUGAAGCUCUGGAACCUUACCGCAGUCCCCACCUUGGAGCCAACUCCAUAGAGUUAUACAGAGAGUCCUACAACUCCAUCCCCUACCCUGACAAGGAGUGGUAAGUGACAGCCUGUGAUUUUAUGCUGCAAACAAACUUAAAGCAUUCACUUAUAAAAUUACGUUUAAAAGGUAAUUCAGUAUGGUGAUAAUACGUAUGCAUAGAUAAUGCAUGGUGUGUGUGGUCUAACCCUGUGUGUGUGUUUUUUAUGUUAUAUUACAGGCAAGAGUGUCUGUGGGUGAAAAAGCCCAUGCCUCUGUCCAGUUACAUGGGUUUUGUGGAGUCUUUCUCAAGUUAUCAGCGUUUUCUAAGGGAAGACCCACAGAAAGCAGCAAAACUCUCACAGGACACCCGUCAAAAGUAAACUCCCACGCAAACACACACAAUACUUGUGCAAACCAGCGAGUUGAUAUGCAUCUAAAGUUAUAUAUCUAUUCUUGUAAUGGUCCACGUGGAAAUCAACCAUUAAAGUGCUUUUAACAAACAAGAUGUAAGCAUUGUUUUCACCAACUACACUCUAACUGAACAUUUUCCAUAUAUCUCCUUUGUUGCUUUCCUCAGGUUGAUGUCUGCAAUGAAAGUGACCUCCGAGGACGCAGAGGUGGUGGUGGCUGUGAAAUAUUUCUACCUUCUGGCUUGCAAACCAGAGGACGUCUGAGGCUGGAGAAGAUUUUACUUCUUCAUAUUCUUUUACAGGUGUUUGAAAACUACUUCUGUUAAGGGGUUUUACUUUUUUUUAAAAGUAUUUUAAGUAUUUUUCCAUUUGUAUGCUCAAUUUUAGGUCCAAUUUCUUGUCAAAUGUUUUAAAAUAUCACUCAUUUUUUCAACAAAGUCAUGAAUGGAGUUAUGGACGCAGAAACUUUCGUUACCCAAAAUUGUUCUAUAUCUGUUAAAAAGUAAUGUCUCUUUAAAGGUACAAAAUAAGAUGACAGUGUCGCAUUAGGGAUGUUUAUUGAUGUCCUUUUGGAAACUUAAACUCUCUGUUUUGCAGUGUUGUUUUCGUUGACAAUGACGUCAUCGUCAAUGAAAACAACACUGCAGAAUAUAUGUUCAGCGUUUGACUGACGAAAUGCUCAUGAAUUUUGAUACUCUGUUCAUCGUCCACCACUAAUGUUUUUGUCUAGUCUCGUCUUGUCAACGUAAACGCACAUUCGUAUCGUCACAUUUUAGUCAUCUAAGACUCACAUUUAGCUUGUCAACGUCACGUCUUCAUCGUGGAAAAUAAGGGGCGUUUUUUUUGUCAACGAAAACAACACUGCUGUUUUGCCGAUGAAUCUUUGUAAACAGAUUAUGAUCUAGACUCUAGACCAUCUUUUUUUAUGUUGAAUGUCUUGCGCUAUAUAAAUAAAUAUUGGCUGAUUGAGUUUGAAGCUGCUCAAGUCAGACGCCUGUUAGCUUUACGGGUAAAUGACAGCUAACCUGCAAAAACUGUCUGUGCAAUUGGGACUUUUUUUUCUGGGCAAAACAGGACUGAUCAAAGCUGCAUGUGCUUUUUUUCCCCUGUAUUUCUGUCCUGCAUCUAUAAUCAGCUUCUGCCCUGAGCUAAAAUGACGCAUUCCACAUAUGGUAAAGACAUUAUGACACCUUUAUCUUCAUUUUUGGCGGGUAAGCAGCUCAAAUAUUUCAUUUAAUUUUUUUUUAUAUGACCAAAUACUGGUUGGUGUGGUAUAUUGUUGUAAAAAUGAUAAACUGUUACACAUUUCUAUACUAAUAAAGAUGAAUACCCUUAA